CGGUAACACUGGAAGAUCGAUAUGAAAAUAUGCGAGGAGAAAACAAUCAGCCACUGAAGACGACGAACCGACGAAGUGACAGAGCAGAGCACUACAGAGAGAAAGAAAAAAGAGACACACACAGUUUGUAAACCACGCCUACUUGACUGUGACAUAAAUCAUGAGCAAGUGGAAACUUCUCAUCUUAGUGCGCGUUUGCUGCGAGCCAGGACCACUACACUGGAAACAAAGAAAUGCUGAGUGCUUUCCAAGGACGGUAUGUCUUGCUGAUAUUCAGUCUAGUACUGAACUACACUGUAGGAGCUGACACUGGCUGUGAGUACUGGACAUUGUCUGGAACACAUGAUGUCUGCUGUGUGAGAUGCAAGCCAGGGAACCGCUUGGUGGAGUCAUGUGGAAGAGACCCAGAAAAGCUCUGUACUCCCUGUGAACCUGGUCAUUACACAGUCACUUCUGACUGGUACUGUUUGAGAUGUACCCAGUGUAUAGGUAUACAGUUUACACUUAAACCUUGCAAUAUCAGCAGCGAUACUGUAUGCGGAUGCAAGGCUGGAUAUCGGUGUGGAGAUGCCAACUGUUCUUUCUGUGUUACUGAAUGCAAGGCGGGAGAGGAGCCCACCAAAAACCGAAUGUGUAGAAAAUGUCCAAAAGGAUUUUUCAAUGAUCAGGUCCACAGUAGUUGCAGAGAAUUGAAAAGUUGUCCUGAUGGAGAGAUUUUGUUCAAAGGAAAUGCUACCAGUGACACUAUCUGCAAAUAUUCAAGUAAGAAGGAAUCUGAACAAGAUACCUUACCUGAAAGGAGUAAAGGACCUCCAGAACAGACAAACUGGCUUCCAGUCUUCAUUGCUGGAGGGAUGGCAGGGUUGGCUGUCCUUUGUAUCAUAGCAUCAGUGGUUGCAUAUGUAAAGGCACAAAACAAAACAGAGAAGAAGCCAAAAACUGAUAGCCCUGACCAAGACAACUCAGAUGAGUCCAGGAUUAUGGUAGUGGAGCAGGAAGACUGUAGUUGCCAUCGUCCUGAGCAGGAACAGGGUGGCAGCUCAGAGUCCAUCAAUACGCAAGACUCAGAGUCUAAACUCAUAGUGUGAGUUCACUGGACAGCUUUUAUUUUCGUAUCUUACUUGCUACAAUAGCAAAAGGAAACUACAGCUGAACACAAUCACUAAACUGUGAAAUACAUUCUUGACUGGGUGUCGGUCAGCCAUUUCAGCUCAUGCAUCAGUGAUUAGUGGGAACAAAAUGGGCAUUUUAAUGUUCCAAUGCACAAAGUUAGCUGUGAAUCACAUGCAUUAUUGCCUUUUUCACUUCUGAAGUACAGUGCACCUUAACGCAAGAUGAAAGGGUUCUUAACGUAGGUGUGCAGUAGCAGACAGUAUGUCAACACUUUUAUGAGAGUAGGUGUCAUCUACUGGUGCUCGCGUCACAUUUUCAGGUCAAAGCCCUCUUGAAAUACCCUGGUGGGCUUCCCCUCUUUUCUGUCGAAAACAGCACCUUUUUGAAAAAUUCUGGACCAAGAACAUUGAGACAGAAGAACAAUGAGGCUAUUUUACAUUGGGGUUUUUUGUUGUUGUUGUUGUUGUUGUUGUUGUUUUUUUUUUGUUAAAUUUCUGGGAAUCAGAAGAGACUUUAUGGUCAGUGUGAUUGACCAAAUCAUGAACUGCACUCAAGAAACAACAGUAUUGACUCUCCUGUUGAAACUGAACUUUUGACCUCAUUAAGAUUGUGCGUUUUACUGUUUUUGUACGUAUUAGGAUUUAAAAAUAAAUAAAAUGGGCACCCCGGGCUGAUCUAAACCUGGGGUUAGCAGAAUCAUAA